UCCAUUAUCUCCUACUGCAAUUAUACUAUUGGAUGAGGGCCGUCAAUGGUAGGAAACACGAAAACAAAAAUGCCAGCCUUUUUUUUUCAUGGUGCGAUAAGCUGCGCCUGUGACUGGCUGACUGAAAUCAUGAGGUCAAAGGAGUCUUGUGAGUUUGUUUCGGUGGUGGCCAUCGAACUCAAAAACAUCAGAGUACGUGAAGCAAAAAUAUAGAUUGAAGGACGUAGUCUCCUUGGGAAGUGGUAUCUUUAGAAAUGACAACUUCAUGGAUACCAUGCAACUCUUUUGUGAGACGCAGUAAUGAAAAAUAAGCAUAAUCCCCAAGUUUUUAUCACGAUAUGUGGUCGCCAAAUGAACAAUCUGGCCAGAUCCUUUGCUUAUCACUCACUUGGAGUUAAAUGUUUUUUUCUCCUCUUUAUCAUUUACAAGCCGGUAAUGAAGAGAAAGGAAUUUAAGGAAAAUAGACAUAUGGAAAUUUUUGGGACAUUUAUUCCUCACAUAAAGUUUAAAUUACUUUUGAACAUAGUCGUGGUGUGCGAUAGCGUUGGCUGACGGUUAUUAUGAAGUGAUUGCUCCAUAGCUGGCAGUUGUUGGUGCCAGAUACUACUUGCAGCGUUGUGCCUCGCAUUGACAUCUCUCACCUAUUAUAUGAAAUGAUAGCCUGCCCUGUACCUUCCUUUCAAGCAGUCUGAACAAUUAAAUGG